ACAAAAGUUUUUUCUUAAAUCUUCUGGAAUAUUUAAAAAAAAGAAGAAAUAAUUUAUACCGCUCACUUUUAUCGUCUCAUGAAGAGCUUUUAAUAAAUAUUGCCAGACAAGGAGAACGACAAUAAGAAAAAUGUGCACCAUGCAACGCGAAGUUGCAUUGAACUUUUUUACGGUAAACUCCCCAAGAUUCCGAGAAAUACACAGGCGCCCACGCGCCGUUGAAAGCUACUGGUGGACCCUAAAACAGCCAGGUAACGAACAUCUUUACUUUGAGUCCUUCCGAAUGCGGUCCGCAUCGUUCCUUGUUUUGUGCGAAAAACUAAGGCCACAUCUUCAAUCAUCUGAAAUAAGUGUAACAGCUCCUUUGCCAACAGAAGUGCAGGUUGCAAUUUGUUUAUACAAAUUAGCUUCUUGCUCUGAAUAUAGAGUUGUUGGAGACGUAUUUGGGUUUCAUAAGAGUACAGCCCACAAGUAUUUUCAUAUUGUCGUAGAAGCCAUACUACGGCUGCAACUCGAUUUUCUAAAAUUUCCACAAUUGGACGAAGCGGUAAUGAUAGCGAGAGGAUUCCAAAAAAUAUGUAAAAUUCCAAAUAUAAUCGGAGCGAUUGACGGUACACAUAUUCCAGUUUUACCACCCAGUGAAGGCUAUUUGGACUACGUAAACAGAAAGGGUUGGCCAUCUAUUAUGAUGCAAACUGUUGUGGAUCAUAAAUACAUGUUCCAGGAUAUUAGUGUCAAACUUCCUGGAAGUGCACAUGACGCGACUGUUUUUAAGGAGUCCGGUCUUUUCAGAAACUCCGCACAACUAAUUCCUCAAUACUCCACCACAAUUAAAGGCAUAGAAAUUCCGCUCCUGUUAGUUGGAGACCCCGCAUAUCCACUACUACCAUGGCUUAUAAAACCUUUUACUGGAAAUUUAAGCCCUGAGGAGGAAUCUUUUAAUUGUAAUUUAAGUUCAGGACGCAUUGUUGUAGAGAACGCUUUUGGAAGGCUUAAGGGUAGAUGGAGGUGCUUAUCGAAACGCAUUGAUGUUGAUCCCAAUUUUGUACCUUCGGUUGUGUUGGCUUGUGCGGUUUUGCACAACUUCGCUGAACAACAAAAAGAAAUUUUCUUGGAUUCCUGGGCUCAAAAUGUUGAAAAUGAUGUCGAAUUUCAGCAGCCGCGUGAUCAAUAUUCAUUCGAAAUAAUUUCUGAGGGCAAUAUUGACCCAAAAUGUGUGCGAAAUAAUUUGAAAAACUAUUUAGCAAGAACAUAUACCUUGAGAAAAUCACAUAUUUAAUACAGAACCCUAGACAUUUAUUUAGCCGUUAAAAACUUUACGAUGUACGACAAUACGACACUUACGACACCUUGUGAACCACCUAAUUGUUUUCGUUAUAGAUUGAACUAUGAAUACUCUCAUACAAAAACGAAAAGGAUUUACCAAAAGAAAAACGUUGUUUAUAUUGUUAAAAUCACUGUACACGGACACAUACAUAUGCACAUGUACAUUAGGCAUAUAACUUUUUACAAUUUUUGCAAAUACGAAAAACGGCAUACCAUAGUCGAAUAGAGCA